AUGGAUGCGGUUGCCAAAAGUAUACAGAGCCCUGCUGACAAUGAUGGGGUAGAACCUAGUGGAAGUGGCAGCUUUUAUGAUGAAGAUGAACCACAACCUGAAGAAUUCAAAUUCUUUUGUACCAGAUAUCCCAUCAAUUUAAAGGAGUUAUAUUUAGAUGGAACUGCAAUGAAAGAACUGCCUUCCUCAAUUGAGAAUGUAUCCCGUCUGAUGGUCCCAGAGAUCCCAUGCAAUUUAAGGAGUUAUAUUAGACGCAACUGCAAUAAAAGAUUGCCUUCUUCAAUUGGGAUAUUGUCCCAGAGUCCCAUGCAAUUUAAGGAGUUUAUUUUAGAUGGAAUGCAGGAAGCGGGCAAAGGUUGUAUGGUUUUCCCUGGAAGUGAAAUUCCGGAGUGGUUUGCCAUUCAAAGUAAUGGAUCUCGCAUAGAGCUACCACGUGGUUCGUUCAAUCAUAACUUGUCGGUUUUGUCGGUUGUGCCAUUAUCGGAAUCAAGAUUGUAUUUCUUCUGCUUUCGAUUUAUUUUCUGUUGGGGGGUCAUUGAUGAUAAAGAGAAGGAAGAUGCCAUGGCACUGGGACAAACUGCCUUAAGGCCUGAAUCAAAACUUAUAGAGAAGAUUAUUGAACAUACUUUGAAGAGAUUGAAUGAUAUGUUGUCUAUUUAUAGUAAGAAAUUGAUUGGAAUAGCAAUGAAGAUUCAAAAAAUUAAAUCUUUAUUAUCUAAUGGGCCAAAAAAAUUAUGCAAGGUAGGGAUUUGGGGUAUGGGUGGUAUAGGCAAAACAACUCUUGCUGAUGUAGUUUUCAACGACAUCUCAAGUCAAUUUGAAGCUUCUUAUUUCACCAAAAAUGUUAAAGAAGCAUCGGAAAAAGGUGAACUAAGUCACUUGCAAAAAGAACUUUUUUCUACAAUAUUAGAGGAUGAACACAUCAAUAUAAGGCUCACAUUCACAAAAGAAAGGCUUGAACGGAAGAGUGUGUUUAUUGUCUUUGAUGAUGUGACAGAUUUAAAACAAAUAAAAGAAUUAAUUGGAGAUCUUGAAUACGUGGGUGUAGGAAGUCAAAUCAUUAUAACAACAAGAGAUAAUCAAGUCCUUAAAAAUUGUGGACCGGAUGAUUCUGCCAUAUAUGAGGUCAAGGGAUUAUGUAGUUAUGAAUCUCUUCAACUUUUUAAACAACGUGCCUUCAAACAAAACCAUCCAAUUGAUGAAGUUUAUAUGAAGCUAUCAAAUAGAGUGAUAGAUUAUACAAAAGGUUUGCCUUUAGCUCUUGAAGUCUUAGGCUGCUUUCUACUUGGUAGAGACAAAUUUGUUUGGGAAAGUGCACUGGAUGAAUUAAAAAAAUCUCCAAAUGAUGUUAUCCAAACACGAACUGAUACGAUACGAGGCAUAUGUUUUGAUAUGUUCCAAAUGAGAGAGAUACACCUGGAUCCGUAUGCUUUCUCGAAGAUGCAUAAUCUAAGAUUCUUGAUUGUGAAUAACUCAGAUCAGAUAGACUAUAAUAAGAGAAUCUUGUCGUACUUAAGAUGCACUGCAGCAAUCUUAAACAACUAUGGACCGGUAUCAAGAGAUGUUAUUCUAUCUGGCUGCUCUAAUCUCAACACUGCUCCAAGGAUCUCAUGUAAUAUGAAACGAUUGUGUUUGGAUGGAACUGCAAUAAAAGAAUUAUCAUCUUCGAUCGAAAGUCCCUCGAGACUAGUUCAAUUGGAUCUUAAGGGCUGUUCAGGGCUUGAGAGUCUUCCAGGCGGCAUUCGUGAAUUGAACUCUCUUGAAUGUCUUAAAAUUUAUGGUUGCUCAAAUGUAAAGAUGGUCCCAGAGAUCCCAUGCAAUUUAAAGGAGUUAUAUUUAGAUGGAACUGCAAUGAAAGAACUGCCUUCCUCAAUUGAGAAUGUAUCCCGUCUAGUAACAUUGAAUCUUAGAAAUUGUUCAAGCCUUGAGAGUCUUCCAGACAGCAUUCGUGAAUUGAAGCCUCUUGAAUGUCUUAAAAUUUCUGGUUGCUCAAAUGUAAAGAUGGUCCCAGAGAUCCCAUGCAAUUUAAAGGAGUUAUAUUUAGACGCAACUGCAAUAAAAGAAUUGCCUUCUUCAAUUGGGAAUGUCUCCGGUCUAGUAACAUUGAAUCUUCGAAAUUGUUCAAGCCUUGAGAGUCUUCCAAACGGCAUUUGUGAAUUGAAGUUUCUUGAAUGUCUUAACAUUUCUGGUUGCUCAAAUGUACAGAUUGUCCCAGAGGUCCCAUGCAAUUUAAAGGAGUUAUAUUUAGAUGGAAUGCAGUAA